UAAAGAUAUGGUGGCUUAGACAACUUUAAAGAUACACACAAAACACAUAAGAACUCAUUAUCAUCUUUGUCUUUUGCAAUGUCAAGAGAGACGGCUACCAGAGAUGUUGUCUCCAAUCUCUCAUCCACCUCAGGGGAUGGAAAUAAUGCCAUCUUUUCCUCGAAUAGCAAUAAGUUACGCCUGUUCGGGUUCGAGCUAAUCGAUCCAUUGUCGAGCAUUAAACCUGUUGCAGAUGGAGAUGGCGAGAGCGUGAACUCGUCGAGUAUUCCCGGAAACCUCCCAGAGAACAGUACGGGCAAGAGGUUCGAGUGCCAGUACUGCCUCAAGGAGUUUGCAAACUCGCAGGCGCUCGGCGGCCACCAGAACGCGCACAAGAAGGAGCGGAUGAAGAAGAAGCGGCUGCAGCUCCAGGCGAGAAAGGCCGGCCUGAGCUACUAUUACCUCAAACCAGCUUCGCAAAACAAACUCAGAUAUCUCACGAACUAUGAUGAUGGUGACAUGGUUACGUGGCCGUACCAUCACCAGUUCGUGGUCGGGCAUGAGGAGUCGUCAUCAGCAUCGCAGAUCAGCUUCAGUACGUUGGAUCAGCCGGAGGCUGCCUAUGAUCUAAUCGGCUCUCGUUGGGCAGCGAACUGGCAAGCCCGCUACGACCUAUCAGCUGCAGGGAACAACAUCUCAUUUCAAGUACAGGAGAAUCAGAAUAAUCUAGGCCUGACCCACACGGACGCUGCCGGGUCGUCACCAGGAGAAGAUCAUCGCCAUAGCCUCACAUCCACGGUGACGAACCAAAGCUGUAAAUCGCCACUGGAUCUUCAGCUCAGUCUUGGCCUCCGGUCGAACUGCUUGCGGAGCUCCUCCUAAAGUCAGAUGGCAUGUGGCGUGCAAUACGGCCUUGUAUUCUGUAUAUAAAUUUAUAGAGGAUCGCUAAAUACCAAUUGAAUCGCAGUUAUUCUAUCUCCAGGAAUUUUAGAACGACUAACGUCGGAAAUAUAAUUAAUAUAGUCAGUUGAUAAUUUUAUUUCUCAUCGAUAUUAAUUUGUACCCGUGCCGAAGAAUUAGUUGUCACUCCAAAUCUGAUUCUUUAAGAAUGAUUCCUUUUACAUUGAU